AUGAAAAUAAUUAUACUUAUUGCUAAGCAUAAAACGAACAGAUCAACGUCGACAGUUUUGUCAUCCCAAAAAGCUACAAAUUUGAAUUCUGUCGAUACUUAUAAAGAAGAAAAGCAUUUCCUCAAAGAUAGUUUAAGCUUGUCAGAAGCAGUUCACAAUGAUAAUGUCGAUUAUUUUUUAGAAGAUAAUUCACGUUUUCGAAAGGGACCAAUUCUAAAUUCGGAAAUUGAUAUUGUUCGGUCAACAAAGCGUGCUAAAAUAUCGAAUCAUGAAAGCAAUGACUGUUCAAAUAUAAUUGAAGGUAAAUGCGUUUCUGAAAACGAAAAUGAGUCGAUGUUCAAUGUUUCUCCAGAUAGAAAGCUGGUUUUAGGUGGUUCAAACGUACAAGGAAAAUCUAAAUCUUUAUUUGGGAUAUCUUGGGGUAUAACUCGCUUAUCGUCUGAAGAUACAUUAAAGAAUUUAAACGAAUCAACUCAGGACAUGAACAAAAAAAGUCAAUUGCCAAAAAUAGUUCUUGAAAAUGAUUAUAAAAAAACAAAUGAACCCUGUGCCUUAGAAUGUAAUAAGAGCGCUAUUUCUUCAAAUACAAAUAUUACUGUUACGGGUAGCCUGGAUAUUUCCAAACGUCUUGAUCCCGACUCAGAAUUAAGAGCAAAAUUUAAUUAUCAUUUAUCGUCAAACAAUACUAAUACAAAUAUUGGAUCUAACUUUCAAAAUGAAGCCAAAGAUAAUGAUAAUUUUUUGAACUGUAUACCCCCAGCAACUUGCCCUCAGAAUACUUUGAAAAAAAAUACCAUUCCUAUAAAUUCCAAUAAAAAGUUAAAUGAAGAAACAUUUUCAUUUGGUUUAAAUGUCACAGAUCCAGAUAAAUUAAAAGGAACAUCAACUAGCUUUCAAAAGGCUGGAAGAUCUAAAUCUGACGCCCCAGAGUUUUUCUCACCGACUAAACCAGUCGAAGCAUUUUCUAAAACAUUAAUGUGCUCUCCAGACUAUUUGCGAAGAGAUAUUGGGUUAAAUCGAAACAGUGAUGCUAACGAGCUUGAUUCUAUGAAGACAUAUCACUCCCAAAUUCCUGUUUUAAACCCCGAAUCUUUAGAGCUAUCUCCAAUAUUUUGCAAGACGAAUGAUAAUUUGAUAAAAAAUUUUUCCCCACCUCUUAUUAAAUCUAGAAUUGGGCUAAGGCGCAGUAAAUCAUCUGAACAUAUUGAUGAUCCAAAAUCUGGGGCGCAUGCUGAAAUACUUAAUCUGGCGAACAAAAUUGUUAAUAACACCGAAUAUAAUGAUGUUAAAUUAUUAUUGAGUAAUUCUAAUACAAAUAAUGAAGAAACUAAGGAUUUAAUGGCUUCGAAUUUGCCCGUUUUAGUGAAUUCAAUAUCGUUAGCUGAAGUAAAAGUUGAUUUACCCAAACAAAAACAAAUGGAAUCACUUAAUUUAAAGCAUAUGGAGGUUCCUAGAAAGGAUCUACAAACUUUUUUUACAAAAAGCGCCCCUUCUAAUAAUUCAAACUCAGAAAUUACAGAUGAGAGAACCAUCCAAAGAUCUAUUCUAGCAUUAACCACUAAUAAUGAAUUUAAUGAAUUUAAUGAUUUUAAUGAAGGUGAUUCAACCAAACCCAUUUUUGUUAUAGCUAAAAACGAAGACGAUUCUACUAAUUCUGCUAAAAAUCAAAGUUUAUCAAUGAAAAUUACAUCGACUUCCCCUGAGCUCAAUAAAAAUGAUAAACAGAUUUCUAAUUUAGAUUCCAAUUCUGAUUGGGAUAAUGACAUUGAUGAUGAUCUUAUUAAUGAAGCUUUUACUAGCCUUUCUAAACCUGUAAAAGCAGUAACAUUAUCUGAGAUCAUACCUUCUCAAAGUGUUACUACUGUUGAAUGCAAAUAUCCACAGAUGAUUAAUGAAGAGCGUCAAACAAAUCCCUUGAAACAUAUUGAUUCUAUUUCUACCCAGAAAGAAAAUAGUAAGCCGGAAAAUUUUGACAAGGAUUUCGAUGAAGAUUUCGAUGAAGAUUUUGAUAAAGAUUUUGACGAAGAAACUAUGAAGGAAUUACAAGGUUUUUUUGACUCAUCGCCCAUUGCUAAAAAAAACGAAAAUACAAUAUCAAACACUCGAUCAGUAGUAGAUGAACGAGAUACUGCUAACUCACUUGCUCAAUCAAUUGAACACACACCUUUUGAUAAAAAAUAUUUAUCGUCUUCUUUUUUAGACAUUCGAAACAUACCUAAAACUCGUGGCAGAGUACCAACCCAACCUCCACCAGCAAUAAAGUCCUUAUUAAAAAACCCCAAUCUUCUUCGAUACUAUGUAUUUUCAAUAACUGAAACACCAACAUCUGCUAACCAUCAUCAGUAUGAUAUAAUUGCAAUUGAUCAAUAUGAAAAACGGACCAAAAUCAUUUUAAGAGAUCAAUGGACUGAAUGCCCUCCCUCAGUAAAUGACAUCGUUCAUGUUAUUAUAAAACCUAGACAUCGUUACAAUCAGUGCAAUACUUAUAGCCCCAAAAAUACUGGGUCUAUUGAUAUUUCAAAUAGCUUAGACAGCGCUAACAACAAUAAAACUUAUAUCAACAAUCUUGAUAAAUUUGAAAGGGAAAUAAUUGUGGAUCGAGAAAACAAUAUCUUCAUUGCUUGUCCCGAUGUACUUGUUAUUGCAACAGCUGUGGCCCAGUCUUUUUCAUGUAUUAGAAAGGUAGUACUACAAAGUAGAGUUAGACUUCCCGAUGGAAAACCAUCACCACCAAUGGUUUACGGCAAUAUGAUCCAUCAACUUAUUCAGUCUUGCAUGAUAGAUAAUUCUUUUGAAGAGAGCUACACCUUUAAAAAAGUUGAUGAGAUAGUUGAUUCACAUCUAGAGAGUCUUUUUCUUUGUGAUAUUAAUAAAGAAGCAGCUGUAAAUUAUAUGAAAGAAAAGAUUCCUGUUAUUUUACAAUGGGGGCUCAAAUAUAUGAAAGACUCUUUGAAUCCAAAUUCUAAGACGCAUGUCCAUGGGGAUAAUAAUUUUGAAAAAUUGGCUAUUCGUCAAGUAAUAGAUGUUGAGGAAAGCAUAAUGGCACCUACUUAUGGGAUCAAGGGUACCAUAGAUGCAGUGGCAAAUAUUACAACUGCUUUUACAAAUAAAAACAGUUUUGAUUUUAAACCAAACUCAUUACCUAUUGAACGAUUUGUCCCAAUAGAAAUUAAAACAGGUCGUCGUAUGGAUGCCAGCCACUUCGCCCAAAUUUCUCUUUACAAUCUUCUUAUUGAUGAAAAAUACAAUUUUUUUUCGGGAGAAGUUCGGGGUAUAUUGAUCUACACAGAAACUGCGGAAACUUACCAAGUACCUUGUAUUUCCAAUGAACUUCGUGACGUUAUAAUUGCGAGAAACAAACUAGCAACUUCUAUGAAAAACAAAUUACAAUCUUUACCUGAACCUACAGAUCAUAAGGAUACCUAUUGUUCCAAUUGUGAAUAUUUCAACUCUUGUGUUUUGUACAACAAUGUUGUAGAAAAUCAAACAGCCAAGGAUUUUGGAGAUUUGUUUGAAGAGUCUUAUCAAAGCUUAAUAAAGUCAAUUGGUCUUCCAGAGCGCGAAUUCUUUUUAAAAUGGGAUAGGUUAUUGGCUAAAGAAGAAGGAGAAAUGGAAGGACAUUCAAAAGAGUUGUGGACAAUGAUUAGUUCUGAUCGUGAAGAUCUUGGAAGAUGCUUUGCUCAUGUUAAACUUCAAAAUUUAGUUUCAUCUGGUGGAUAUGUUUAUAAUUUUGAACGUUUCUCAUCUCAUGAUGGACCAUUUAAUAUUGACGAGUCUUUUAUUAGUAUCGGUGAAUCAGUAUUUAUUACUGAUGAAGAAACAAAUGCUGUUAUAACUCGUGGAAUAUUUUAUGGAGGAACUCCAUCUCAAAUCCAAAUUCAUUUUAGCUCACCAAUAAUUAGUCCAUGGGAUACAGAUACACCAUUGAACAAAGACUUUAAUUCAGCUCAUCGUCAACCAUUUUCAGUUAACAAUGGAUGUUCAUUAACCAACUUUUCUAAACGGAAACUGAGGAUUGAUUUAGACGAAUUCACUUCGUCAUUAGCACUUGCCAGGCGUAAUAUUAUUGAACUUGUUUUGCAAAAAGAUGAUGAUUCUAAAUUACGAAAACUCAUUUUACACAACGAAGCCCCUUCUUUUACGCCUAUGUUUCCCUCAUAUACAAUACCAGGGUUGAAAGAAGGACGUGUAGGUUUUAACUUAGAUCAGCUUAAAGCAAUUGAUCGAGUAAUUAAAUCAGAUCCUUGCACUUUGAUUUUGGGAAUGCCUGGUACUGGGAAAACAACAACUAUUGCAGCUCUUAUUGAUACAUUAGUCAACCUCGGCAAGUCUGUUUUAUUAGCUUCCUACACAAACUCAGCUGUUGACAAUAUUUUGCUGAAGAUCAAAGAUAGCGGAUAUGAUAUCUUAAGAAUAGGUCGACUUUCUAGUGUUCAUCGUGAUGUUAGAAAAUUUGUUCCUGGAAAUAUUAAGGAAAAAGGAGAUAUUGAACGUCUUUAUAUGAGCCCGAGGGUAGUUGCAUCUACUUGUUUGGGUAUCAGACAUUGGGUUUUUUCUAAGCGUAGCUUUGACUACUGCAUUAUUGACGAAGCAUCACAAGUGACUCUUCCUGUUUGCAUAGGACCUUUGAUGCUUGCAACAAAAUUCGUUCUUGUUGGAGAUCAUUAUCAAUUAUCGCCUCUUGUCAAAAACUCCGAAGCCCUAGAUGGAGGUCUUGAUAUUAGUUUGUUCAAAUAUUUGAAUGAUAAGUACCCGCAAUCGGUUGUAAACCUUGAGCAUCAAUAUCGAAUGUGCAAAGAAAUAAUGGUGUUAUCUAAUAGUCUCAUUUAUGAGGGGCGUCUUAAAUGCGGAUCUAAAAAAGCGGCUUUUCAAUAUUUACCUAUACCUUUGGAAAAUGGUAUAGAUCAUUGGAAAUCAAAAAACUUAUCUUCACAAAAUGAUUGGCUUUCUUGGGUCUUAGAUGAAAAUCGUAAAGUUUUAUUUUUGGAUACUCAUAAUAUACCAAAUUCUGCCGAAACAAACAAAGAUGAAUUACUUCAGAACAAAAUGGAAGCAACGUUAGUUUAUAUGAUAGUUGAAGCUUUCUGUGCCAGCGGCGUUUCCGAAUCUAAUUUGGGUGUUAUUUCAGUUUAUAAGUCUCAACUUAGACUCAUAAACUCAAUGUUAAAACAUCGCAAAAAAGUGGAAAGAUUGACCGCUGAUCAAUUUCAAGGUAAAGACAAAGACUGUGUCAUCAUAUCGUUAGUGCGCUCUAAUUCUCAAAAUCAAAUCGGCGAUCUUCUUCAAGAUUGGCGCCGCUUAAAUGUUGCUUUUACGCGUGCAAAAUCCAAAUUAAUUAUUAUUGGGUCCCGAAAAACUUUAGAAACAGCUUCAGCCCUUAAAGCUUUUUUAAAACUUUUAGAUGACAAUAACUGGUCCUAUGUUUUGCCAUCCUCUGCAGAUAAAUCAUAUAAAAUUCCAGUUCCUAAGAAAACUCCAAGAUCUCAACAUUCUUCAGGUUCAACACAAAGCCAAGAUAUUGAUAAUACAUCAAUCGGUCAAAACAUCCAAACUAACUCUCGAUUUCGAAAGUCAUCUGAAUUAGAAGAAUUUGGGACAUCUUGCCAAAGAAAACCAGCCAGAUUUGGACCUGGAAUUGGAGCUCAUAUUGGAAAGUUAGGACCAGUAACUUUAAAUACGCUAGCAGAACUGGGUGUUAAACCAAAAAAAUAA